CGACUUCAAGACGCUGUAUCCGACACGACUUCCUCACUAAUACUUACCCAACUCGACCAUAAUCAUGAACGUUAUAACACCACUCAAUAUGUCGCACCUCAUUCAUAGCGACGCACCCUUGUCGCCCUUCUCGGACUGGGACCACGCGCACCAAUACUCGCCCACCAGUCUCGAGUUCCCGCCCUCGCUGCACUUCAACUACGCUUCCCUCCCGUCGCCUUCUCGCUCCGUCGGCUCGACCAGCUCUGGCUCGCCUCUCUCCGUAUCACGGGUCCUCCGCGGCCGCAUGAGCCCUGACGACCUCGACAAUGAGCAGCUCUGCCUGCCCACAUCUCAGGUCUUUGACAUGAGCUAUGCGCCGUCUCCAGACGCCUACUCCUCGUCGCCAGCAAGCGUACAAGAAGCGUUGCCGCCAGUGCAGGCGCCCGCCGCGUCGAGUAUGGUCCCAUGCAAACGGUCUUCGAGCGUUGCCUCUUCGGUAUCCAAGAAGCCUCGUUCGACGAUGAGCACCAAGGACUUUGUUCCUCCAGACGUUACGGGCUUGAGCAAGCGCGAGGCGCGUCUGGUCAAGAACCGCGCUGCGGCAUUCUUGAGCCGGCAACGGAAGCGGGAGGAGUUCGAGAGCAUGGAGCAUCGCGUCACGGAGCUCGAGCAGGAGAACGCUCGGUUACUUGCGCUCGCGCAGAACAACGUAAAGCAAGAAUCACCGCAAGAGCUGGUGUCGGAGGUGGAGCAACUGCGGGCACAACUUGCCGCGGCACAGAAGCGCGAGCAGGAGCUCAGUGAGGCUCUCUCGCAAAAUGGCGAGUUGCCGGCAAAGAUCAAAGCGGAAGCUAUCGAAUCUCAACUAUCACUCUCGUCUUUACGGGGUCCGUCGCAGAUGCUCAACAAGAGCAGUGCUAGCCUCGGUCUCAUGGUUUUACUCUGCGCGCUUCCAUCUCUGCUUUCCCUUCCAACACAUUCUGCCAUUCCCGCAACGUUCUCGCUUCCGCUUUCGAAUGCGAACUCUAUCCAAGCCGCCUCGUCCGCGUUCGAUAUGAACUCUCUCGUCACCGGAGACUUUGACUGGCUCGGGUCGGCCAGCGUGAUGGAUCUCGACAUCGAUAGCCACGGCCGCAUUACCCCCGGCAGCUUCAGCGCGCCGGGCAGCAGCAGUGGGCUGAAGAAGCUCGAGUUUGUCGACGUCGACACCGAAGCCCUCGGCCUCAGCGGCCUCGACAUCUCCUUCGACGCGACGCCCUCGCACGACGGCAAGAUCCGGGUGCGCAUCCACCCACCCUCAGCCGACCUGCAACAGCAACACAUCGAGGAUGACCAGUCGAUGUGGGGCGGAAGCGAGAAGAGCGACGACCCGUUCCUGGGCGUCGGCAGCGAGUUCGGUGUCCCCAUGGAUGCCGUUAACGUGCCCCAGAGCGCAUCUACCUUCGACUUCGACUACGGCGUGCCUCAGCAGCAGCAGCAACAGCAGCUCCGCCGUGUGCGCAUUGCACUCAGGACUGUGCCAGGCGAGGGUCGCGAGGGCGGCGAGUGGGAGGUCCAGCUGUGCUGAUCGCCCUUUCUUCUCUUCUUGGAUUGAAAUGGAACCACUGGGUGUUUCAAAGGAUUUCUUUUUCGCCUUUUCCUGCCAUUUGCUAUCUCUCCUCGUUCUCCAUUACAGCCCUAUUGCGCGUCGCAUGCCACGGCCAUUGCCCCUGGCGGCGCUCGCGUCGGUCCUUACACCAUCGAAUCAACACCACCAAUAAACGACCUGUCAUCAUUAAACUGGAGUACACCCGUAUACUUGUAUUUUCGCAUCUUUGCUAAUUAUCUCGGAUGUCCCAUACCUCUUGCACAUCCUGCCGGUUAUGCAUUUCCGUUAUCUCCCAUGCCUUCUCGCAUACAUCUCCUUUGGGCUUUGGUUUGGUUUGGCAAAAGUAAUGUAGACGCCAUGUCGUCGGAUGACUUGUUUGUAACUGAUACAGCAGGUCCUCAGCAUAUGAACUAGGUACUAGAUAUAGCCAA